AUGACUUCCAGCUACAAAGUACUGACAGCAUCCUGCCACUGCCACAGUGUGCAGUUUACCAUAACUGUGCCCAUCACUUCUUUACCAUUGAAGGUGCAUCUAUGCCAUUGCAGCAUCUGUCGCCACACACACGGUACACUGUGUACCUUUCAUGCUCGUUUGCCAUCUGGAGUCGAGCCACAGUUUAUUCCUCCAUCCGGCCUGGCCAAUUUGACUGGCUACAAACAUGCUACAGCGCUAUCAACGAGGUACUUUUGUAGUACCUGUGGCUGCCAUAUCGGGGAUCAGAUCCCAGACGAUGGCAUAUGGGUGAUCUCCAACGCAAUAUUUGAUGCCAACAAGGCAGAUCAUGGUGUAUGGAAGUUCAACACUCAUUUAUACCCGGACUCCGCACCUGACGGGGGAUUAUCUGCUCUGGUCUCCACAGUCGAUGAGCACCAUCUGGAGCUGGUCAGUCCCGAGCAUUCCUCGGACCCCAUCGCAGAUACACCACAGGGGAACGAGACAAGUGACAAAGAACUGCUCGCACAAUGCCACUGCGGUGGCGUGUCUUUUCAUAUAUCCCGACCACGAGCCGACUUUAUCGCCAGUCCAGCCGGCCACACUUGGCUUUCCCAAACUGACCAGACGAAGUGGCUAGCCUGCAUGGAUCUUUGUGACGAUUGUCGGCUAGUAAAUGGCACGAACGUCAUCGGGUGGAUGUUUGUCCCAGUGAACCAUCUCUCGCCUAAUCCAUCUCCCGAUCUACUCAUUGGGUCAGCCAAGGCCUAUCGCUCCACUGCGGAUGUGUUGAGAACAUUCUGCCGCACAUGUGGAGCAACAGUUUUUUAUAGCUGCGCUGAUAGACCAGAAAUAGUUGAUAUAGCCAUUGGAUUAUUAAGAGCAUCCGAGGGGGCUAUGGCUGAAGACUGGGCGCUGUGGAGGGCAGCUCGAGCCUCAUGGCCAGAGGACGGGCUGCAAUACCAUGCGGGGUUCAGCCAUGCAUUAAUUGAAGGAAUGAAGCAGUGGGGUACAGAGCGGGGCCAAUUGCAAGAUUUUGUCAUUCCAUGA